CUACGUCGCUGCACCCAGCCCUGCCAGGAUAACGACCAUGUCCCCAGAGAUACUCGACAGCCAUGUGCCUCUUAUGAACUACGCCGCUGCACCCAGCCCUGCCAGGAUAACGACCAUGUCCUUAAGAGACACUCAGCCGCCAUGUGCUUCCUGAGAACUACGCCGCUGCACCCAGCCCUGCCAGGAUAG